CACCGGAGCCUGCUCUUGAUAGGCGUGCUCCGACCCGGUUCCAGCCAUGUCUAGGCGUCACGGCUGGGAACUCCCCGCUGAUCCCUCCCAGGUGGUGGCGAUAACAGGUUUUAUUUUGCUAUCUGGGGCAUUUUAUGCCUUCUUUGCUCCCUUUCUUGGAAAGGAGGACACAUACGAAUAUGUCGCGCUCGGUGUUUAUUCAUUGUUGGCUCUCUCCGUAUUUGCACUGUAUGUCCGGUGCACUGCCAUCGAUCCUUCUGACCCUGGGAUCUUGGUCGAAGUCGACAGAACUUCAGCGUACCAAUCACAUAGCGGAACUGAUUUAGCUGGGGGAUUUUUCUGUGGCUUCCUUGUCAAGGAAGAUUGCCGCAAGGAUGAAGAUCAUUUGGAGGAACAAACAGGAGACGGUGAUGAGAUAAUUUGCACUAUAUGCAAUGCCGAGGUACGCAAGUUUAGCAAACACUGCCGAAGCUGUGACAAAUGUGUUGAUGGAUUUGAUCAUCAUUGUCGAUGGUUGAAUAAUUGUGUGGGAAGGAAAAACUAUGUCACCUUUGUGUGUCUCAUGGCUGUAAGCCUUAUUUGGCUUGUUGUUGAAUUUGGUGUGGGAGUUGCUGUCCUUGUCCGGUGCUUCGUUGAUAGAAAGGGCACUGAAGAUCAGAUAAUUGACAAGCUUGGAGUUCGAUUCACACGGAUUCCCAUUGUCAUUGUGGUGACCCUAUGUACUGCUGUUUCUUGUCUGGCCACUGUCUCUCUUGGAGAUUUAUUCUUCUUCCACAUGAUUUUAAUUAGAAAGGGUAUAACGACAUAUGAUUAUGUAGUUGCAAUGAGAAGACAGAGUCUUAACCAGGAUGAAAUCAUUCCACACUCGGAGACAAGACGCCUCCCCUCCACAGUUGAUCCAGAUGCUACACAACCUGUUUGCAUAAGUGCAUGGAAGCUUGCAAAGUUAAGACUCUAAGAAGGCAAUCAAAGCAGGUGCUAAAGCGAGAGCAUCUUCGUCCGUUCUACAUCCCGUAAGUUCUCGACAUCAUCCAUCUGUAGGAGGUGAUCUGCAGAGUCUUAACCAGGUACAAGUUAUUCACGACAAAUGAGUAUGUAGUUGCAAUGAGAACACAGAGUGAAGCACCUGGACCAUCUGUAGUUGUUCGAAAUGCUCUCUCUCAUCCAUUCUAUUAAAAGCUACAGUUUCCCUUUCAAGCUUCUAUGGGUAUAUAUCUUCGAUUGACAAAGCAAUCUUGAAUUUGUAAGACUUUAUACUACAUUCUAUAGUUCCAAGUUGGCUUGUAAGACUUUAUACUACGUUCUAUAGUUCCAAGUUGGCUUGUAAGACUUUAUACUACGUUCUAUACUUUCAAGUUGGCUGAUCCAAUGAAAAUGAACUUUUAUCUA